AUGCCAUCAUCAUCAUCAUCAUCAUCAUCAUCACAAGUCAAGGGAAAACACACGCUCACCCGCAAACGAUCCAAAUCCAUCAAUUUCCAGGGAACCAAUGAAAAAACACCGCUCAUGCCACUGGCCGUCAAAUCGGGUGGAGGCACCACCAGUUUUGACGAUAAUAUCGACUACGACGAUGACGACUCUGCCACCACCAAAUUGGUGGCCAAAGGACGUGCCAUUUUGUGUUUGGUAGCCUUUUUGUAUGGGACCCUCAAUGUGUCCUUGAGACUCAUCUAUCAAUUGGACUCGCCUCCCACAGCAGCCGCACUAAGUUCCACACGGGGAUGGUUGGCGUCCGUUUGUUUUGUGCCACUCUUGUUGUGGAAACAACCAACGGCUGGUACAUCAAGUACUACUACUACUACUACUACUACUACUACUAGCAGUGACUCUUCUGUAAUGUCAGGCUCUGCAGACUCGGAAGGAUCAUCCUCAAAAUCUACCUCGUCGCCUAUUUGGAUGGCGGGUCUGGAGUUGGGACUUUGGAACUUUCUCGCACAAGGAUUGAUCAAUGUAGGUCUUUUGAGUGUGGGUUCGGCACGAGCGUCCUUCUUGACGCAAACUUCCGUCAUUAUGACACCACUGUUGAGUAUAGCGGCGGGACAGACGGUCUCCAAAAGCGUAUGGGUCGGAUGUUCCUUGGCCUUGGGUGGACUAACAAUCUUAUCGGGUGGAGGCGGUGGUGGAAUGGAUUCUGCUAGUAGUUCUUCCGCACUCUUGGCGUUUUCGAGUGGUGACAUUCUCAUUUUGACGGGAGCCUUUUCUUGGUCCUUGUACCUCUUUCGGCUCUCCAAGAUUGCGCCACAAUUUGAUGAAAUCAAUUUGCAAGCCAUCAAGACUACUGUGCUGGCCAUGUUCUAUACGAUUUGGCUGGGAGUCAGUCUAUGGCAGAAUCCAGAGGGUACUACUUGGGCGUGGGCUACCAAUGGGGUUGCCUGGUUGGCACUCAUUUAUAGUGCAGUAGCUCCAGGGACUGUGGCAGAUAUAUUGCAGCAACAAGGGCAAAAAGAAGUUUCAGCAUCGGAAGCCAAUGUAAUUUUGUCCUUGGAACCAGUCUUUGCAGCACUGUGUGCUUGGCUAUUGUUAGGGGAGACAAUGUCUGGGUUGGAGUCAGUUGGGGGUGGAUUGAUUUUGCUGGCAGCCUUGGUAGCCACACGAUAA